AUGGAAUAUUGCAAUCUUGCUAAUAAUUUUAUUCAAAAUCAUUUAAUAAAUGCAGCAAUUCGAAUUUUCGAUAAUGAAUUUAAGAUCUCUUAUUGCAAUUUGCUCCAUAGAAUUGAUGACAAUAUGUAUUAUCAAUCUCAACCUAAAGGAAAAUUUAUUGUUUCAAAUUGCUUCGUUCUACAAAGUAAUAAGCAUGUAAAAAAUGGAUUUGUAAAUACUUUUAAUGUUGAUUCGCGAGAAGAGAAAUAUAUCAAUUUUGCGACUUAUUUUAUUCAAGAAUUUCAAGCAUAUGCAGAAAACAGAAACAAAGCAACUCCACUGCAAACACCUAUAAUAACACCUGUAGUAACAUCUGUUGGAACUCCUGUGAAGACUAAUGCACAAACACCAGCAGGAACAUUUUUUGUAACACCCGCAGUUACAUUUGGUGUAACACCAGCUAUAACACCAGCAGGAACACCUGUCAUAACGCCAGCAGGAACCCCUGUAAUAACACCUGAAAAAACACCAUUACCAACAGAAAAAACGCCAGAACCAUCUGAUUUACCAGAUUAUUUAUCCAUGAACUACAAACAUGCAUAUAGGAAACCUAUUUAUUAA